AUGGGACAUGGACCUUCUUGCAAUUACACCCUUAUCCCCAUCCAACAUUCCACCCAUCAUCCGUCACCAUCUUGUCGAUAUAUAUGUCCAAUCUCGCUUUCCUUGUCACGAACAACUCUUCCUUGCCGGCAUACAAUGGGUUUUUUAUACUUUAUGGUACAUGCAUUAUUUCGGGUCGCGGUCGUCAUCGUGCUUCGUGGUACAUCCUCUUCUCUUUAUCUGACCUCCAACCCAUACGCUCGCUCACCCGCUCUCUCGCAUACUACUAUCCCCAUGGACGAACAGAGAUCUAGAUAG